AUGAUUCAAAACGCGAAGCACUUUAGAGGAGCGCUGCUAGAUGGAUGUGGGUGCUUGAAUAGCCUCAAGGAGCUAUCACUCGACUCCCUGCCAUGCCUGUCCGCCCUUCCGGCUUCCUUCUCAGGCGUUGAUUCCCUCACCCGCCUGGAAGUCGGCAAUUGCCCUAAUGUAACGGUCUUGCUAGAGGAAAUCGGAUGGCUGAAGGCGCUCGAGGAGGUCAGGAUCUUUGGAAUGGGCGCUCUGAUGUUUCUCCCUUCUUCGCUUCUUGAGCUGCCCUAUCUUCGAUUGCUGAAAGUGCGGGCGUGCGGUGCACUAAGGGUGGUUCUAGGGGAUGAGGAGGUGCACAUACGUACUGCCAGAGGCUUUCUGAUCACCACUGGCAGCACGAGCGGCAGCCGCGCAUUGCUUCCUUCCCUUGAGAGCCUCAAGAUGAAGAAGCUCGGUGUUGAGACCUUUGGUCCAUCCCUUAGUCGUCUGUCCGCUUUGACGCAGCUGAAGGUCUCGAAGAUGAAUGAGCUAGACACUCUUCCUGUCUCCAUCUCUCAACUCUCGCGGCUGCAAAGGCUCAAAGUUGGCUCGAUCAGAUGUUUGAAAACACUGCCCGAGGCCCUUGGUGGGCUCGCAGGGCUCCGUGUCUUGCAGCUGGUUCAACUCAAUGCGAUGCAGCAGCUGCUCAAGUCUAUCGGGCAGCUGAAGAUGCUCGAGACGCUGGAGAUUAGCGACUGCUUCAAGCUGACGCAUCUUCCAGAGUCAUUUGUGAAUCUAUCCAACCCGCAAUCCUGCUCUCUUGUCAAGGUUGGAAUCUCAGUCAUUCCAGCUGACAUCUGCAAGCUUUCUUCCCUCGAGAAGUUGCAGAUUGUGGGACUAAGGCGGUUGCAGAGCUUGCCAAAUUCCAUCACUCGGCUGCCUAAGCUUGCGGAGCUGGAGCCAGCCACGAGAAGGGUACCUGUGAGGAGAGAGAGGAGGGAGGGAGAAGAGGGGGAGGGAGAGGAGGGGAAGCGAAAGGAGGGGGAGGGAGAGGAGGGGAAGCGAGAGGAGGGGGAGGGAGAGGAUGGGGAGGGAGAGGAGGGGGAGCGAGAGGAGGGGAAGCAAGAGGAGGGGGAGGGAGAGGAGGGAGAGGGAGAGGAGGGGAAGCGAGAGGGGGAGGGAGAGGAGGGGGAACAAGAGGAGGGGGAGGGAGAGGAGGAGGAGGGAGAGGAGGGGGAGGGAGGGGAUUCUGAAGAGGAAGAUUGGGAGGAGGAAGGCGAUAUGGAGGAGGAAUGGGAAUAG